CGAGCAUGCGUGCAUAUCACCAUCCGUACCACCACGACAUGUGUGAAACUGUGGGGUUGUGAUUAGUAACAGAUCAGGCCAGCAUCGAGGAGGAGUACACUGAUGUUGCCAUGAAAAAAUGGCCUUGGAUAACUGUAGGCCUAGUGAACUGCCUGAAUCAGACAUCUUGAACAAUGGACGUGGAGAGGAGAGAUAUCAUGGGAUCUCUAAUGAAAAUGAUGUGGCUUCGUCAGACAGUGAUUCUGGCAACAGCAUCUUUCUAACACAGGCAGAUACUCCUGCUCCACCACUGAGGAAAGUGAGGAGAAAUAGGGCAACAUCACUGUCCUACACCUUCAGUUUAAGUGAGGGUACUGCUGACACCGAAAGCGAAGAAUCAAGCGGCUCCUUUGUGCUUCAUAGUGAGACAGACAGCCAGCAGUAUCGUAAUAGUUGCAGAGAUAAGAAGCCACAUCGUAGACCAAAAAAGAGAGACAUACACUUUCCGUUCCUUGAGAAAUAUUAUGGAAGAGGUUUCCUGACAUCGCACCAGCGGCAGACUUUAGUAAACUCUUCAAUAGGCGGAUUCUUCAAGUGCAUGAAAAGUUUGUCUUUAACAGACAAACAAAGAAAAAAAACAGAAUUGUUUCCCAGUCCAGUUUCAGAUUUCUUGUCUUCGGAAGAAGAGACUGAAGUCCACGAAGACCAAGAUAAUCAAGACAAUAUCAGGAUAGUGGAUGGAGCUUUGUUUAUUCAGAACUUUCACAAAAGAAAAAGACAAGAGUGGGGUUCAAAUACCAAGAAAGUUCCAUCAGAAGUCAAGAACACAAAAAAGAAACCUCCUAAUGCCAAAGAUGUCUCAAAAGCCCCGGUAAGGGCACAAUCCAGGGGGUCAAAACGAUCAAGUCCAUUAGAGGUCAAGGAAACAAGGAAAGGUCAGAAUACGAAGGAUGUCUUGAAGAGCCCAGGAUGCCCAGGAAAAGCCCAAACCAAAAUGUCAAAAUCCCUUGCUGUGAAAAAUAAAAGUGUCCAAAACAUGGCCCGUUAUGGCAGCUCUUGUUGCAGUAAAGAGGGAAAUAUGAUGAGAGGAUGUGAUAACUCCCAGGUACCGGAGAGACCACAAACUAAGCAGUCCCACAAAACUCCAUCCCGUGUCACGUCUUGGCACCUUGAUGUUUACGGACACAGAAGAUGAGCAUAAUGUAAUAACUCCUGAGCAAAUGGACGACGACCAGACACUGGAGAGUACUCAGUGUGAGGAUUCACAGAGUGCUUUUGGACUUGAAGGAAGUUUGCCAGAGUUCUCAGAGGAAGGUGAUCCUGUGUGUGAGAUGACAGUAGAUUAGCCAAUAUCCACAUAGCACAAGUUAAUUCAAACACAACUUAUUCGAAUGGAAAUAAUAACCAGUCAUCUGAGAAAUGAGACAUUGACUAUGAAACAUUUGACACUGACACUGAAGCAGGGCUGAGUCCUUCAAAGACUAGCAGACCAGGGACAAUAUGGUAUCCAGUGGAAGUUAUUGGGGGUCGUCUGAAGACAGUAAUUCCACAAUGCUUCAUCAUUUAAGGUCUGGAAGAAAAAGGGAACAGAAAAAGAAAAGAUGGAGUGAAGUUGAUAGGCAAUUUGGUAUCUCAAAUGUUGGAAAACCCUGAAAAGGCUGGCUUGAAUGGAGGGGAUUCACAAAAUAAAGAAGCUGCGUCUCAGAUGACUGAAAAUUCCCUGCCAGUACAAGAUCUAUACAAAACAGGAAAAAGUCCGGAUCCUGUUUCAGACGACCAAUGGAGUCAGUCUAAGGACUAUUCAUGCACACCUCCUGUGCAGUGUAUUGAACUGAGUGAAGGUCCAAAUGUUAGAGACAACAGAGAAAUGGAAAACAAUUCCUUUCUGGGCACUAUUCCCAGCUUGACACUUGGUGCAGAGGCAUUGCCUCAGAAUCAGUUUCAGGUGUAGGGCUGAUAGAUGCUAAUGCUUUCUAUGAGCAUACUGCACUCAUCCACGGCCAGAGAUUCCAUGCAGUCCUCUUGAUCUUGGUCAUUUUUUUCUUUGCUCGACGUACUGAACAAGAAUCCCCAUCUACAGACUGGAUUUCACACUCUUGUGAUGAUGCCACAUCACUAUCCAUGGUCAACUAAAUGCGAGUUGUUGCUGGAGGCUCAGAAGCACUUUGGCAUGUUACUGUCUCAGUCUGGCCUAACAGUCUAUGGCAUUCAGAUGUAAUCUCUGUGUUAUUCCCCUGUACUACUGUUUCCGUUGUGUCUAAUCGGUCUUGACCUACAAGCUGUUUCUUUAAUUGAAAUAUUCCAAGAAAUAGAAGAAAAAAACACAAAAGCAAAGACAACCCAUGUGAUCUAGAAGAUCCUGUUCAACAGGACAGUCAAGAACAGAUUUAUUACCUGAGGGGCUGCGUGACCAACUAAGAGACAAGAAAAAAUAUAAAAAGAAAACAUACAAUGCCCUGGACUGUGCAGAGUAUUUCAGAGCCUAGCUUUCUCUUGGAAAGUGGAACAACAUUUGUCUCAGACAAACGACGGAGACCAAAACACACCAAGCACAAGUUCUUCUUGUGCAGUGUUAAGCCAAGAGAUGGUCUAGACAGUCGACGUUGAAGGAAGGAAACAACACAUCUCAGAGCAGCAUUUGCUCUACAACUGAAUCUGAAGUGCUCUACAAAACAAAAAAAGAAAAGACAGAGGUGAAAACCCAUGUAGCUCAGGGUCAGAGAUAACGGCUCUCACUGUUCACAAGAACUAGAUGAGUGGGAAACAACAUGCCCAAGUGCCUGCUCCUUUGAAAAGGAAAAGGAUCAAGCUCAAGUUUGCUCAAACACACCUGAACACCACCAUGUUGAAUUCAGAGAGGAUGCCAUCAAUACAGAAAAAAGAAAGAAGAAUACAUUGUUGGACUCUGUUGCUUUGGAGAUGAUUACGAGCUCGGACACGUGCCAGGUUGUUGAUGUAGACCCUAAAGUGAAGCUGUGUCUUUCUUUUGGAUGCCACAAGAAAAAGAAGGGAAAAAAGAGGAAGUGAUGAGAUUUCAGCCGAGGUGACUCUUGAAGAUACUAAUGCAACUGUUGAGUCGGGGCUUGAGGAUGGUGCAGCACUGUUACCCCCCCCUUACACACACACCAUUUUCUAAAGUGAGAAGAGGCAAAGAAAAAAGCAAAAGUCAAAACCAAUAUUCUGAUGCUCAAGAGGAUGCCAUAUUGCCUUGUUCAGUUGCCUUGUUUAAUGUCUCUGAGCCUGAAGAUGCUUCAGAAGGGAGAAAAAGGCUGUUUCUAAAUAUUACCUCCCAAAAAUACAGCUGAAGGACACACUUCGAAACGCACAAAACAGACUAAUCAAAAUGUGUGAUUUCUCAUAAUGAUUUAUGUUUGGAAAUUGAGACACUUUAAUGUUAUGAGUUUACUUCAUGAUUUCGGAGUCGAUCAGUAGCCUACUUAAAGGUGCUUCCUUUUUUGUAAUAAUUUAAGCUAUGGGAUGUCCAUUAAUAAACAUGCAGCUGAAGUACAGCAACCUGUUGCUUAUACACACCUGGUUAAAAAAAUGUGUGGAUUGAGAUGACUGUGAAAAAGACUAUCCAGAAAAGUCUAUGUUGGGAAGAAAAGCGAAAGAAUAAAACACUUCUAUCUCCCCCUGUUAGUACACAUUUAAACAGUAAUGGAGUAACUUGUCUCAUCACUACUAUAUUGUCAAAACAAAAACAAAGCCAUAGAUAAAAAAAAAAAACUAAGUAAUGUUGACAAGUUAAAUGUGUCUAUCUUUUUUCAUGCCAUGAUACUUUGUUCAGACUGACAGAUGUCUUGAGAGAGUAUUUUAUUUAGUCUUUUAUGAAUAUAUAUUAUAAGUGGAUAUAAUGUUUUGGGUCAUGCAUGAGAAUAUUUUUUUUUUAACUUUUGUACUCUUUAAAGUGUCUCAUAUGAAAAUAUGUUGCCUGAGUGCCUGAAUGUGCUUCCUGUUGGAUCUAUUUAAAUAAAAUCUAUGAUAUUCAGAUGUGAAA